AUGAGCGAGCUUGAGGUUCUAAACCGCCUUUGCAAGGAACUUGGCGAGAGCAUAGAUCCAGUUGUACGAGCACGAGCUGAACAAAAUCUCACAGAACUUGUCGAAUCACCACAAUGUCUUCGAAGUUGCAUGCUUCUAUUGGAGCAGGGCGAUUUACCAUAUGGUCCAAUAGUCGCCAGUAAUACAAUUAUGAAGCUUCUCAAUUCAAAAACAGGGAUUUUAGUCGAGCAAAAGCUAGAACUGAGUAAGUUACACCGGUCAUUUUCUUUUUAUUUAUAA